AUCCUCCACCACCACCGCGCAGCGCCGCAUCUCGCCGCCCUCUGCCGACGAACUCACCACCACCGCCAUCCUUUGCCGGCGCACUUUCCUACACCGUGUCUUUUCCUUUGUCUCUCUGCACCGACCUCCUCCGAGCCCGCAUCUCGAGCAACGCCAUUACCUCCUAUCCUAACCAGAUGUCGUUUCUCUUCAAGUGCCGCAACUAAGGCCGUCUUCUCCAGGCCAGAAGGGAUCGAGGCACUAUGUUUGGAUCUUGAGGUGGAUUACACUGAUAUCAAGAUUUUGAUUCUUGCUUGGAAAAUGAACGCCCAAAAGCAGGGAUAUUUUACCCAGGAUGAGUGGAGAAGAGGCUUGAAAGCUCUUCGAGUUGAUAAUAUUAAAAAAUUGAAGAAAUCACUGCCAGAAUUGAAGAAAGAGAUCCAGAGUGACUACAAGGUGAUGAAUAUGGAUCAGUGGAAGAAUUUUCUCCGGUUUUGUGAAGAGAUAAGCUUUCCGGACCUUCGAAAUUAUGAUACAUGCGAAGCUUGA